AACUUAAAGAUGGUUGCAUAGGUUAUGGUCGCGUCUUGAAUAACGCAGUAAACAAUUUAGUCACGCUUUUUAUCACUUGUGUGGUCAUCGACGAGAAACGCCCAUGGAAACUGAGCGUUGUGAGAAGAUUGUGUGUCUAUUCCGAGUUAAUCUGGUGAACGAAGUGACGUAGAGAAGGACAAGAGGACGCGUUAAGGAUACGGUUUUUAGAGUUAGAUGCAACGCCAAAAAAUGGCAAAUACGGCGAUUAUGCACAAGGCCAAGGAGGAGGAUAUUCUCGAAUGUUUUCUUUAUCCAAAGUUCUGCUACACAUCUGACCCGGACGCGGUAACGGAAGCAAAUCUCAGUGAAGAAAUUGCUAAGUACAAUCAAGAGAUCGCUCCGUUUAUUGCCGAUCACAUCUGGCACAGUGACAGUUUAAAUUUCCGUCCUAGAACCAAACAAGCAAUGUUAUUGAAUAGAAUUCUUGAGGGAUCAGCCGUAGAGGAAGAUUAUCAUAUCUUGCCUCAUAUUUAUGCCAGUCUACGUUUUGACGAGGAUAUAGGUGACGAGUGGCUGACAGUGUUCUUAAUAUUUAGGCUUACCAAAGUCUUCAAUGGAUUAAUUGCUAGAGUAGUGGACUCGGAUGGAGAAUUUCUUUUGAUAGAGGCUGCUAAUGUCUUACCAUUGUGGGCAAGUCCUGAAACAUGUCAGGAUCGAGUGUUCAUUCAUAAUGGUGAUAUUCAUGUCAUUAGAGAAAGGGGAACGUCAUUUCCUAAUUUGUUGAAUAACAUAAAUGGCAAGCCACAUAUCUCCAAGAUGUCUGAAAAAGUACAGCUUGUAUUGCAAAAGCGAAUUGGCAUUUAUCCUGAUGAGAUUCAGAAGAGAAGACACAAGACUAGGGCGUUUCUUCCUGAAAAGGCGGCCUCUAUACUUCAUUUAGAACCAGGACUUAUAGCUCCAGUGAUUAGGACCAUUUGCCACUCGGAUCCAGUUGAACGCAGGGUUUGUCGCGCCAUGAGAUAUUUUCCUCCCGAACAACGAACGAUGGUUAAUGUUAAAAUGACCAAGUGUUUGUACGCGAUGGCGACGCACUGUCGUUAUACUGGUGAUCCAAGAACAGGUUGGAAUAUACCACCUGCGACUUGCUCAAAAUACAAUGCUCAUGUUCUCGGAGUUAAGAUAGCAUGCGGGUUAGAGAUGCUAGUAGCUCGGGCUAAUGAAGAACGUAGAAAACGUACCAAAGAACAGUUGGAUGUUUCUGAUAACACUGAGAAAUUAAAGCUGAACGAACCAGCACUCAACGCUUACCUAGCUCGUUUAGAAGCAAACGGUUAUUUUAGAGAUCUGUUGGAAGGUAGCCAAGAACGUGAUAAGCUACUAUCUACGGCAAAAGAGUAUUUCUUGAAGCAUGCAGCUUUAUUUAAUAAACUAACAGAUUUGUACGAAAGCGAUGCUCAAAAAGUUUUAGAAGCAUGGGAGAACAUACAGACAAAUGACAUUGAAAUGCAUGCUCAAGAUGAGACUAUGCUCAGUCCAGCGGACAGCGAUAGUUGGUUAAAUGUGGACCCUGCGCAAUUAGAAACGUAUUUACAACAACAGUGGGGCAAUGUUAAGGAUAGAAAAUUAGAUCAAGAAUCUUUGAGUCUUCGAGAAAAGGUGCAAUCAUUUCUCAAUCAAACCAGUGACGUCGAUGGCGUGCAUUUCUUAGGGGAACAAUCGAUGGAGAAUGAUAUGCAAGAUGCUGAGGACGGUGCGCGAAUAGACUUUGAUGCGGAUGCAUUCGACAGUGCGCUGAGAGGCAUCCUCGACUUAGUCGUUCCAGGAGGGGAAGGGGAGUUCGAGGGUAGUUCAGAGGGAUCGCUAGGCGGCGACGAUGAAGAUAAAGGCGGCGAUAUGGACAAAUACAUGCGACUGCUAGAUUCACAGCUGCAGUCGCAGAUGGUAAAGGAUGAGAGCUCAGUAACGAAUGAUGAUAAUAGCGCGGAUCCUGUAGAGGCAAGUUUACGAGAAAGUAUCGAAGCUGAGGCUGGGGGUUCCGGCCCGGCCGGAAACAUAAUCGGUGGUCCUGUUCGAAGACUCAUGCAUUUACAAUUGCAAUCGCCUACAACGGUACCACCUGAUUUACAAAGUUAAUGACAUCUCGUAGUAAAUCAUUAACAUAGUUUACUCACAUUAAUGUUGGUAAACAUUAUUACAAUCUCUUCGCUUCAUUCUGCAAAAUACAUUAACAUUUGCCAUUUCAAGCAAGGAGAAAAAAGAUAUGGACUAAAGUCUUGUUACUAUCCAAAUUAUUAUUACAUUUAUUAUAUAAAAUAUAUACUUAAUGUUAUCAAUUAAAGCACCUUUAUCACGCAAAUAAUAUCAUUGAUACAUAUUUCACGAUUGUACUUUCAUCACUCGGCUAUAUCAUUGUUUUUCAUACAAAAUUAUAUAUAUAUAUACAAAAAUAUAACAUAUAAGAUGUUAUUACUGCGGCCAUAGAAUAGAUUUUAAGAACUCUACUAUUUGUAUAUGUAGCAUUUUGU